AUGCCUAUCACUACAGAAGAGCUGGAGUAUGAAUACAACAAGCUCUACAGGACUUGUUGCUACACCUCAUUGGCGAUCCCCUUGCCAAGGAUAGAGGCCUCCUCAUCCUUUACCUCCCCAACGGCACCUCUUGGAGGGCCUCGUCUGGCCUCCUUCGGUAUUGCCGCCAAGACUCUGUCCAACCCUCCGGUCACCCAGGAGGUCUCCGUUGCUCCCUCCAGCACCUCAGCAGCAUUCUCAUCAUCUAGUAUAGGCAGCGCGCCACUGCAACUGGCAGUCGUCGGCAAUGGUACCUACGGGGCCCUCAUUGACAGGCGCAGCCGAGUAGUAUGGUGCUGUAUGGACAGGUUUGACGGCGAUCCUAUAUUCAACUCGCUCCUUAAUAAUGACAGUGAGGAGUCGGGCUUUUUCGAUGUCGUAUUGCAAGGCCAGGUCCGGUCUGAACAGAAGUACAUCCCCAACACCGCCAUUCUGGUCACAACACUGAGUAGUAAGAACAACGAUGUGGUGCAGGUCAAAGACUUCGCUCCCAAGUUCAUCCAUUACGACAGAAUGUUCCGACCUUUCCAACUAUUUCGUGUUAUCACCAGGAUCCGUGGCGACCCCAUGAUCACCGUUCGAGUACGGCCUACGUUCAACUACAACUCCACUGAUGGCUACCAGACUCGCGGCAGUCACCAUAUACGUUUUUGUGGUCCGACAGACACAUGGCGCAUGACCUCUAACGCUAGUAUCAGGACGAUCAUCGAAGAAGUGCCCUUCCUAGUUCACGAUCCUGUUUACAUCGUUUUCGGCCAGGAUGAGUCCUUCGCCAACUCCCUUACCCAAGUGUCCAAAGAAUUCGAAGAUAAGACGUUGAAGUACUGGAAGCAAUGGUGCAUGAAUCUAGUCCUUCCAGUAGAUUACCAAGACAUAUUGGCAAGGUCUGCGAUAACCCUAUCCCUCCUGCAAAGUGACGAGUGUGGAGGUAUAGUGUCGAGUCUCACGACCGGCAUCCCUCUAGGCCCCUCCUCCCCUCCAACGAGGGAUGAACGUGCGUGUCGCAUAUUGGACAUCUGCAUGAGCCUACCGGUACUCCGCCAAUUCGGCCUCUUCACCAUGGUCAGGAGGUUCCUCGAGUACGUGAAGAACCUUUGUUUCAGCAGUGGGAUGAACGUGCGGCCAGUCUACAGUCUCAUCGGAGACUCCGACGUGCCAGGAGAACGAGUGAUCUACCUCGCAGGAUACCAAGGUGUCGGUGAGGUCGUGGUCGGCGGAGUAGGAGAAGGCUAUGGCAGCAGACAGAGCGGUGGAGGCAGUAGUCCCAGUGUUAAUAUCAACGACCCCAGCAUCCCUAUGUACGGCCUGUUCUGCAUUGCCCUUGCUCACGGCUUCUUCGAUGUGCGUCUUAAGGACAUAUGCAGUCCGAAGGUCUUCGAUCGUCUCGAGAAGUUUGGGACCAAAGCUGUCGAGGCCUUCCAGAUGUUCGUCACCUACACACACGCCCCACCUCCCUCGGGUGGGGAGGACUUGCCGCCUGGCCAUAGGGAGAAUUUGUCUCCGGGUCUUUGCUUCGACGACGAUCUGAGGCUGUUGACAAUGGCCGAGGACGAUUACGAUGAUGAGAACGCUGGUGUUGACGGUGCUGAUCGGGAAUGGGCUCAUCAACAAGGCCUUAGCGACGAUUCUCGGGACUCUUAUGGGCGGCCUCGUGUCCACACAUUCACCUCGAUUCUCUGCUGGGCCGCCUGUGAUAGACUACAGCGUGUCGCGGAACACCUCCACUGGGUAGAGAAGAGCAAGAUGUGGGGGUGA